AUGCAAGCAAAACGCCUCCUGGCCGCUCUCCUGGCCGCGUCAGUCGCCCAGGCGGCUCCCAUCGAAUUCGACGACAGCAAGAUCUUUGUCGUUUCGCAGAAGCCGGCUCUGGCAUCAUCGCCGUAUAAGCCCCAGGCCAAGAGCGCAACACUGCUCGCCAAUGUCACGGAUCCCGACCUCAGCCGCGAUUCGUGCGGCUCGGUGAAGAUGGGAAACCGGACGCUCUGGACCUGUCGAGACACGUCUAUCCGCAUCCCCGACACGGACCAGUACGGCUUCGUCUUUGCCAACUCGGCCGGCUGGACGGACUAUCAUCAGGACGGAGCGCCCAACAUCCAGGAGAGCGGGCCGGUGGGAGCAGGAUCGGACGGCACCAAUAGCAUCCUCCUGAUGCAGGGCCCGCGGCCGACUCUCCCUGCCUUCUACCCCUUGGGUCCCAACAUGUGCCCAAACUCGGGGAUGUGUGCCGACGGGGCGACCAGAUGGACUUCCUGGCCAGACUCACCACCAAUGGUCGCAGACACGGCUCAGGAUGGGACCGUCACAGCCUAUACCUGGGUGUCCAACAACCACAUGUCCAGCACCACACUGGAGGUACUGAUACCUCAGCCUUCCACCACCCUCUACAAGAUGACUUACACGCCCGACGCCAACCCGGACGUGCUUCCGGCUGUCACGACGGUGGAUGUGGACUUUUGGGCAGAGCACGAGAUCCAGUACGGAACCUAUGGCAACGUCGUCAAGGGGGAGUACGCCUAUCUCUACGGACUGAUGAAGCCAGGAGGCGUCGCUCUGGCACGGGUUCCCGUCGACAGCAUCGAGGACAAGAGCAAGUACGAGUACUACGUGCUGGGCAACUGGACGCGGACCAAGCCGACCAUCGACAACGCAGCCGCCGCGGCGGUUCCCAACGCCGGGACGACAGGCCAGGGCACCUUUUACUACUCGGAACGGGCCCAGUCGUACGUCUGGAUCGGCCAGGCCAGCCCCAGCGUUUGGGCCGACUUUUAUGUGACGACGGCCCCCAGCGCCGAGGGGCCCUGGACGACACCAUACCUGCUCUACUCGGGGCCCAACGGCGACGGGGACCUGCCGUCGUACAGCCUGCAGGCGCAUCCUGACCUGCUGCGCGAGUAUGACGACGGCAUCUAUCUGACGUGGACGCAGUACUUCAAGCCCAGCACGUACACUGCAUAUGUCACCCCGCUCGUGUACGUUUCGUUUGUCUAG